AUUUCACCACACUGCCUCGCUUUUUCUUUCUGUUCAACAUCUAACACUCCCAGUGGUUAUAACACCCUGUUAUACCUGUACCUCUUAAUAUCAAUCAGGUUUUAUAAAAUCUAGACGUUUUAUUAUUGCCUUUAAUUUCAGCUUUUUUUUUUAAUCUUUAAAAUAAUGUUAUGUUAACAUGGUUUUUAAACUUCAAUAUAUUUCCAAACUUAGCGCCUUCAAUCUGAAUCACUACGGACAUUGUUGGAAUCACUAAGAUUUUGCUGAAGUACCGGAAUAUUGGCAAACAGAAUUUGAGCGUAAUUCCUUUAAAAAUUUAGGUUUUGAGGUGCAUUCUUGUGGAAACGGAGAAAGUAUCUGCUUCCGCUCUUUAUUCAGCUCAUUCGAGGAUUAGUUUACACCAUUACCUACAGAGGUUUUUUUCGUUGUUGGAGCAUUCGGACCACUCUGUGAUAAUAUAGCAUAUCGGUGUGUUUCAUCUUUUACCCCAUACGGGAUCUGGAAAAUAAUCCACAAUUAUAAACAAUGUUCUUUAGCCCCAAUUGUCCAGACAACAAUGAUUAUUCGUGACAUUUAACUCUAUCUAACCUGUGAACUGUGAGCUUAACCCCCCUGUGACCUUCACCCUUGACCUGGGCGUCGUUAUGGUGAUAGAGCGCGAGCGUGCAACAAUGGCGAAAACCCUGGGUUCCUGCAUCGUUUACAAUAACUCUCCUUAUUCUUCCCCCUCUAGGGGUCUGGACUACGGAACUGCGGACAAGCGAGCCUCGGCCAUGCCAUCUCAGGGCUCUCUCUUCACCAACUUUGAGGAUGUUCAGCUCACAGACGAAGAACGAGUGUUCCUCAACGCCGCCUACCUGGGAGAUGUGGGCAUCGUGCGCCAGUCUCUGGAAGACUCUCUGGAGUCCUCCCUCAACGUUAACUGCGUGGACUACAUGGGUCGGAACGCCUUACACCUGGCCAUCGACUCGGAGAAGCUGGACGUCAUCGAGAUCCUCCUGGACAACCUCAGCUUCAACUGCAUCGAAGAGGCGCUGCUCCACGCCAUCUCCAAAGGCGGGACGAAGAUCGUGAAGAUCAUCAUCGAGCAUCCGAACUUCAUGGCGGGCGAGGAUAAGCUCCGUCGAAUGGGCGGUGGGGACGCCUUCUUCCGACUAGAGGAGAAGUCUCAGUUCCCUCCCGACAUCACCCCUCUGAUUCUGGCAGCUCACUACAACAACCACGAAAUCAUUCAGAUGUUUCUUUCCAGGAACCACACCAUCGAAAAGCCGCAUCCGAUCUCUUGUAAGUGUCAGGACUGCGUGACUAAGCAGAAUUAUGACUCGCUCAAGAGGUCAAGGUCACGGCUAAACGCGUACCGGGCGCUGGCGAGUCCGGCGUACAUGGCCCUGUCUAGCCCUGACCCUAUCAUGACAACGUUUGAACUGCGCCAGGAAAUGAUGAAAUUAGCGGAAGUGGAAAAAGAGUUCAAGGUAAGUCUCCUUACUUACUUCGAGCCUUUGGUUAGUCGUGUCGGUGGAUGCUCUGGUGUGGUCCAUUCUCUCAACUGUUUCAGAGUUUCUGCUUUUCUUGUCUCUUUUCUUUUAGCCAAAUUAUGGACGUUGUUUCAGAGCGCCAGUGACCCAUCUCUGAGAGCGAGAGAGCUGCGUGCACCACAAACACAGAGCGUCAUCAUCCGCAGACUCCAGGGAUAUUAUCACAAGUCUCCCAGCCCGUGCUCCGUGGGCGUCAUCUCGUUGGCCUAG